GACGAGUAUAUUCUAUUAUGGUGCAUGAUAGUAAGUCGUUUUGUUUCUUCUUUUAUAUGGCGCUUGGUGUACUUGAAAUUCUGAUUGUUGAUCUCUUCCUCCUCAGGCGUAAGUUAAUCUCUUAUCUCUAUGAUAAUCCUAAAGGGUAACCGGUUAUCUCGCCGCCAAACCAUCGAAGUCGCCACCAAGAAGUCGACUCGCCGCCAACCAACUCGCCCUCAAGUAAUAACUCUGUAAUCAAAUUCGAAUAAGUUUGGCGAAGAAGUAAAAAUUCUAGGUAAGUAAUCCGAGGUUAGUAAACACGUCGAUUAAUGCAGAGUCAUUACUUGGUGACGAUUAGACUUCUUGGUGGCGAGUUGGUUGGCGGCGACAUGAUCGUAAACCUCCUGAAAUGUGACUUGAGUACAGUCGACUCUCUCUAAUAUGGACUUUGGCAUUGGCCGUUGGCAACUGGUAAUUGAGCAUUCGGGCAUCCAGAACUCAUUGUGCACGAUGAUUUGCUCGACUAACCACCAAGAAUAGCUUCCUAAUGCGCAAUUCCCCAUGCCCAAAGCAACCUUUAUUGGAUCAGCUAUAUUGACUAUUUUCCAAUUCCCCAUAAUACACUCUGUCUGCCCCCCAAAUUUUGGUAUUGAAUAACAGAAUUUUACGAGAACCCUUUUACGUUAUGAGGGUCCUCGUAAAUUUUUGUUACCAAAUACGUAAAUUUGGGGGGCAAACAGAGUGUAUUAUGGGGAAUUGGAAAAUAGAGAAUACAUGCGUGCGUGUCUGAUCUCCGAGGCUUGAAGGGUGGGGGCAGACUGAUUAUUAAAUAGACAUAAAUGUGAGGAUAAUGAAGACGAUAACGACGACGAUAAUAAUGAUCAUGAUGAUAGUGAUGAUGAUGAUGAUGAUGAUGUCGUUGAUGAUGAUCAGGGAUGAUACGAAGGACUAAUAACGAUUUGUCUUUCCGACUUAGGGCCAUGUGAUGUUUGAGCUACUGCGCUACAACUUUGCACUGGCGUCAGAAAUAUGCAACUAUCUCAACAUCUAUUUCUUCAGUAUAACACCUCCGAUCAAGUCUGACGACAAAGACAAAUAGUUCUUGCAGAUGUGUGUCCUUAGUAUCAGUGGUAUCCCUAUAAGUACUUAACAUCAGUGUGUUUAAACUAUUUUCCAUUUAGUAAUAGCAACAUGUGUCCUCUAUCAAAUAAUGACAUAGCACCUUUAUUGUGGCCUCUAUAUUAUAUAAUUAUUGCGAUAAAGACUGCGCCAUAAAAUUGAUAGCGGGGCUCAGAGAUCACAAACGGAUGAAAUGAAAUGGCACUGUUCUUUAUGGUCAUUUCCCAUCCAAUCAAUUCUGUUUCUUCUUACCUUGUCUCACUUUUUGUUCAGUUCUCUUUGUGGUCUUACAUGUAUAUACAAUUACACUCUUAUUGGGGCGGGAGCAGUAAGACAAAUAUGUGAACAAAAUUCAGUGGUUUAAUCAGUCAGGUGAAAUCUCUUUUAGCAUUAUUUUACAUAGUACUAGAAGUUUUCAAAACAAGACUGGAGUUGAGAUUCUCUCGAUAUAGAUCUGUAACUUUCGCACCCUUAAAACGUAAAGUUUUAAUACGCAGUUGUGUCAGAGAUAGACUACUAUUCAACAACACUCUCUCCUUUUCGAAGAGUUGCCGUAGGGCUGGCAACGUAGAACUCUAUUCAGUAAAGACCUUUUUCCACUCACGUACACAGGAAUAACUCUUUUCAGUCAGGGCACCAAUUUGAGAUUUCUCUUGUUAUUUUAUAUCUGAAACUUUUGAUAGGUUUUCCUAAAUUACUUCCUUUUCUCUCCGAAAAGGAUUGUUAUUUAUUUGAAAGUGGAAUCAUUGUCUUACUUUAUUUGUGUUAUGAUGUCUUUGCUGAUUAAGUUGAUUUUCAUAUAAAUGGCCUGUUUUUACUAAAAGUGGUUAACCUUUACCUCUUUAGAAUAGAAAUGAACCGGCCUAGUUUAUCAAAUAAACUACUCAAUAAAAUACUUAUUUCAGAGCUGCAGGUCAUUUUCUUUCUUGAAAGGCCACAUGUAAGCCUCUCUAUGGUUUCUUGCGGACGUCGUUUUCAUCGCGCAUUUUCCAUCAAAUCGUCAGUGUUUCAACGAAAUUGUUGCAUAUUAAGAAUUGUUUUCUGUGGUAACGCAACAAGCGUGCUCGAGCUACCUUGA